AUGCCGUCUCUCCGCAUUGAAGAUCAGGACCUCUACUACGACUGGACGCGGGCUAACGAUGACGGUCUCACAUUGGUAUUUAUUCACGGGCUCGGGUCUUCCAGCUCGUUCUUUGCCCCCAUCAUUCCCACCCUUGUCAAGCACGGAUGCUCGUGCUUGGCUUUUGACACGCCAGGCAGCGCCUUGUCCAAGUAUCGAGGCAGGGACUGCGACUCGGAGAUGAUAUGCGGCGCAGCCAGCGCUCUCAUCACCGCCCUCGACCUCGACUCCAAGCGCAUCAUCGUCGUGGGACACUCGAUGGGCGCAAUUUUCGCGAGCGAGUUAGCCCUCCAUCUCGAUCUCGUCGGCGUGGUCCUGAUUGGGCCCGUCAGCCCGUCUGAUGCGCUGGGCCAGCUAUUUGCGGCGAGAAUCAAGCGCGUGGAAGCCGAGGGCAUGGAGGCCAUGGCCAGCACGAUUCCUACCGCGGCGACGGGACCCAAGGCUACGUCAACCCACCGCGCCUUCAUUCGCGCUCUGCUUCUCGCACAGUCUCCUCAAGGCUACAUGUCACUGUGUCGUACGAUUGCGAGUGCCAAGUGCCCACGGUACGGCGACAUUCGCUGCCCGCUACUUAUCAUUGCGGGAUCUCACGACCUGACCAGUCCCCCGCAAGACUCUCGUGAGAUUCUACAAAGCUGGGGAGGCGAGCAAAGACAAAAGCGUGUCGAGGUGCUCGAGGGAGUGGGUCAUUGGCAUUGCAUUGAAGCAGCAGAUGAAGUGUGCGAGCUGGUUAAGAUAUUCGCGGAUAGUCUCUCAAGGGAGUUUUAG